GAGAAGAGAGGAGGGGAGGCCUCCUCCGCCGCCGCCAUCUUGGACCGGGCCCGUUCAGCUUCCGUGGAGCCGUCGGCAGCCGCUGCCGGGCCUUUCCUUGAUCCUUGAAUCCCCUACUCGGUCGUCUAGAACAAUCCCGGGCCCACUUCCUCUAUCAACAACCCAACCCCACUUCCGGCUUUCGCGCCCUCUUAUCGCGAUAGCGCCCGGGCUCGGGGCGCGAGGAAAGAGGAGGAAAAAAAAAAAAAAAAGGCGGCGGGCGGGCGCUCGCUUCUCUGUCCCCCCCUCCUCGCCUGUCGCGAUACGCUCCGCAGCGGCGGCGCCAGCUCCUGCGGUGAGCGUCAGCGUCCGUUUCCAAGAGAGUAUGAAGAGAGUGCGUCUGUAGGGCAGGGAAGAUGGCGGACAAGCGCAAACUCCAAGGUGAGAUUGAUCGCUGCCUCAAGAAGGUGUCCGAAGGCGUGGAGCAGUUUGAAGAUAUUUGGCAAAAGCUCCACAAUGCAGCCAACGCGAACCAGAAAGAAAAGUAUGAGGCUGACCUAAAGAAGGAGAUUAAGAAGCUACAACGGCUGAGGGACCAGAUCAAGACAUGGGUAGCGUCCAAUGAGAUCAAGGACAAAAGGCAGCUUAUUGAAAACCGCAAGCUCAUUGAAACGCAAAUGGAACGGUUCAAAGUUGUGGAACGAGAGACCAAAACCAAAGCUUAUAGCAAGGAGGGUCUGGGUCUGGCUCAGAAGGUGGACCCUGCCCAGAAGGAGAAGGAAGAGGUUGGCCAGUGGCUCACGAACACCAUUGACACCUUAAAUAUGCAGGUGGACCAGUUUGAGAGUGAGGUGGAGUCACUGUCGGUACAGACACGCAAGAAGAAAGGCGACAAGGAUCAGAAGCAGGACCGGAUCGAGGGCUUGAAGCGGCACAUCGAGAAGCACCGUUACCAUGUGCGUAUGCUGGAGACCAUCCUGCGCAUGCUGGACAACGACUCCAUCCUGGUUGACGCCAUCCGCAAGAUCAAGGACGAUGUGGAGUACUACGUGGACUCAUCCCAGGACCCCGACUUCGAAGAGAACGAAUUCCUCUAUGACGACCUGGACCUCGAGGACAUUCCACAGGCGCUGGUCGCCACCUCCCCCCCCAGCCACAGCCACAUGGAGGAUGAGAUCUUCAACCAGUCGAGCAGUACACCCACCUCCACAACCUCCAGCUCUCCCAUCCCACCCAGCCCAGCCAACUGCACUACGGAAAACUCUGAAGAUGAUAAGAAGAGAGGCCGUUCGACAGAUAGUGAAGUCAGCCAGUCUCCAGCCAAAAAUGGCUCCAAGCCUGUCCACAGCAACCAGCAUCCCCAGUCCCCAGCUGUGCCGCCCACCUACCCCUCUGGCCCCCCACCUGCCACUUCUGCCUUGAGCUCCACCCCUGGCAACAAUGGGGCCUCUACCCCAGCAGCACCUCCAAGUGCCCUGGGCCCUAAGGCCAGUCCAGCUCCCAGCCACAACUCGGGUACUCCUGCCCCCUAUGCCCAGGCUGUGGCCCCACCCAAUGCCAGCGGGCCCAGCAAUGCCCAGCCCCGACCCCCCAGUGCCCAGCCGAGCGGGGGAAGUGGUGGUGGCAGCGGAGGGAGCAGCAGCAAUAGUAACAGUGGCACAGGCGGAGGGGCUGGCAAGCAGAACGGUGCCACCAGCUAUAGUUCAGUUGUGGCAGAUAGCCCUGCAGAGGUGGCCCUGAGUAGCAGUGGGGGCAGCAGUGCCAGCAGCCAAGCCCUGGGGCCCACUUCAGGCCCUCACAACCCAGCUCCCAGCACCUCAAAGGAAUCCAGUACGGCAGCCCCAUCGGGGGCCGGGAGUGUGGCUUCAGGCUCAGGGAACAACUCAGGGGGACCCAGCCUCUUGGUGCCACUACCUGUAAAUCCCCCCAGUUCUCCAACGCCCAGCUUCAGUGAAGCCAAGGCAGCUGGCACCCUGCUCAAUGGUCCUCCACAGUUCAGUACCACCCCAGAAAUCAAGGCCCCUGAACCUCUGAGCUCUCUGAAAUCCAUGGCAGAACGGGCAGCUAUCAGCUCUGGUAUUGAGGACCCUGUGCCAACGUUACACCUAACUGAUCGAGACAUCAUUCUGAGCAGCACAUCAGCACCACCCACCUCAUCCCAGCCACCCCUGCAGCUGUCAGAGGUGAACAUACCAUUGUCACUGGGCGUCUGUCCACUGGGGCCAGUGUCCCUCACCAAGGAGCAGCUAUACCAACAGGCCAUGGAAGAGGCCGCCUGGCACCACAUGCCCCACCCCUCUGACUCCGAGCGCAUUCGGCAAUACCUCCCCCGGAACCCUUGCCCGACACCCCCCUACCACCACCAGAUGCCACCCCCACACUCGGACACUGUGGAGUUCUACCAGCGCCUGUCAACUGAGACGCUCUUCUUCAUCUUCUACUAUCUGGAGGGAACCAAGGCACAGUACUUGGCAGCCAAGGCCCUAAAGAAGCAGUCCUGGCGAUUCCACACCAAGUAUAUGAUGUGGUUCCAGAGGCACGAGGAGCCCAAGACCAUCACAGAUGAGUUUGAGCAGGGCACCUACAUCUACUUUGACUACGAGAAGUGGGGCCAGCGGAAGAAGGAAGGCUUCACCUUUGAGUACCGCUACCUGGAGGACCGGGACCUCCAGUGACACCGGCCCCCUCUACCCUCCCCCUUCCCCGCAUGCUGAUCCCCCCCUGCCCAGGUGAGGGCCCUGCCCUGGAAGACUGGGGGAGGCCCAAGGCCAUGGGACACCCUCCCCCCCAGGAAGCAGGGAAGGGAUAGGGAGGUUUUCUCUUCCUCUCUGCCCUACCCUGGGGGCCUGGGGGCAAGGGCUGCCCCCUCCUCCCCUCCCCAGUGAGGGACAUUUUUUGGUAAACCUAUUUUCAUUUUGGAAAAUAUUUAUGAAUAAAUAGUUUUAUAUGA